AUGGGGGACAACUACUUGUUGGACGACGAAGGCGAACCGACCGUGGACCUCGACGAACGGGAGCCCUCCCCUGAGCCCCAGCCCUACGAAGACCUCGUUGACGACCUUGGCGACGGCGGCGAUUGGACCCGCGGCCGCUCCCCGACCCCCGUCCACGGCGACGACGGCGGGGCGGGGUCCUCCUCCAAGCCCCGGAAGCGCCUCCUCAAGAAGGGCGGCGGUGGUGGCAUGCCCGGCGACGACGGGCUGGAUGACUUUGGGUUGGAGGACGAUGACGCGGACCCCGCGGCUGAGGCGAGGAAGAGGAAGGGCUCGUCGGCGCUGAGGGACCUCGCGAGGGGCGGGGCGGGCAAGGAGAAGAAGGAGAAGAAAAGGCGGAGGGAGGACGACGGCAGGGGGAGGGAUAGUGGGAAGGUGAGGGACAGGCGGGGAUCAGGAGGGAUGGACUCAGGCGGUAGGGAGGACCAGGAUGAUGGGGAGAGGGAGAUCCAGGAGCUCUGGGAUACCAUUGCCGGUGGUGACUCAGAGGAUGACCAAGAAGGUGUUAGAACUGUAGACGAUGAUAAUUUCAUUGAUGACACUGGGGUUGAUCCAGCUGAUCGUUAUGGCAGCGAUAAUGAGCGGCAUUCACCUGGACGUUAUGCACAGGCUGAGGAGGGUGAGGAGGACGAUGAAAUUGAGCGACUCUUCAAGGGUGGUAAGAAGAAGAAGAAGAAUGAUCGCCCUCGUGCAGAUAUUGGUCUUAUAGUGGAACAAUUCAUUGCCGAGUUCGAGGUAGCAGCCGAAGAAGAUGCGAACUUGAAUAGGCAAUCAAAGCCAGCCAUUAAUAAACUUAUGAAGCUUCCUCUGCUCAUAGAUGUUCUCUCCAAGAAGAAUCUUCAGCAGGAAUUUCUUGACCAUGGAGUUCUCACUCUUCUAAAAAAUUGGCUUGAGCCAUUACCUGACGGAAGCAUGCCAAACAUGAAUAUUCGAUCUGCUGUACUGAAAUUAUUAACUGAUUUUCCAAUUGACUUGGAACAAUAUGACCGAAGAGAGCAGCUUAAGAAAAGUGGCCUGGGAAAGGUCAUCAUGUUUUUGUCCAAAUCUGACGAGGAGACUACUGCAAAUAGGAAAUUGGCUAAGGAGCUGGUUGAUAAAUGGAGUCGACCAAUAUUCAACAAGAGCACAAGAUUUGAGGACAUGAGGAGAUAUGAUGAGGAUGAAAGAGCACCUUACAGGCGGCCACAAAUGAAGAAACCUUCGUCGAGUAGCUCUGGAAUGGAAUCCAGAGAUGAUGAUCUUGAUGCUGACUUUUCACAACGCAAGUCUGGGCAAAGUAGUUCAAGGCAGCAUGCUUCUAGGCCAGAAGCCUCGCCUUUGGACUUUGUCAUUCGUCCACAGUCCAAAAUUGACCCUGAGCAGAUACGAGCUCGUGCUAAGCAGGCUGUCCAAGACCAGCGUCGGCUGAAGAUGAACAAGAAAUUGCAGCAGCUGAAAGCGCCCAAGAAGAAAAACCUUCAGGCGUCGAAGCUCAGCGUGGAAGGCCGUGGCAUGAUCAAGUACCUGUAG